CGCUAGGGGCAGGUCUUGGUAGACAGAGCCCGGUAUUUUUUACGCUGCGUUGACAUUCCCAUUCACUCUCCGUCGUUGACAGGCAGUCGAGUUCUGCAUGUGCGCACUGCACUUCCAGACCCAUCGUACUCCGUUGUUCCUUUCCCAUCCACUUAACGUUUCAAGCAUCACGGCGUCCCGUAUUUAGUGCAGCAGGACAGUUUGAGAGUCAACCAUGGCUGAAGCUCAUCAAGCGGUGGCCUUUCAGUUUACUGUGACCCCAGAUGGUAUUGAUCUUCGUCUCAGUCAUGAAGCCCUCCGGCAAGUCUACCUUUCUGGGGUGCAUUCCUGGAAAAAGAAGUUCAUCAGGUUCAAGAAUGGAAUCAUCACAGGAGUUUACCCAGGGAGUCCUUCAAGCUGGCUGGUUGUAGUUGUGGGAUUUGCAUCCACAGCUUUGUACACCCGAAGAGAUCAUUCAUUUGGACUGUUAUCCAGAAUAGGAGAACAUCUUCCAGUUAGCAAAUAUCUGUCAGACCAAAGUCAGAAGAUAGUAAGCGGAGUUUUACUUGGCACAGGACUGUGGGCAUCUGUUGUGUUCACAAUGCGUACCACUUUGAAAAUGCUUCUUUCUUGGCAUGGCUGGAUGUUCAGUAAGCAUGGAAAUGUAUCAAGAAAGGCCAAAAUCUGGAUGAUGAUGGUUAAAAUCCUUUCUGGUCGGAAGCCAAUGCUUUACAGUUUCCAGACUUCCCUUCCACGUCUGCCUUUACCUACGGUAAAGGAUACAACGAAAAACUACCUGGAGUCAGUCCGUCCUCUCAUGAAUGAUGAUGAGUACAACCGGAUGGAGGGUCUUGCCAAAGAUUUUGAAGUCAACUUAGGACCAAGGCUGCAAUGGUACUUGAAGCUGAAGUCCUGGUGGGCUACCAACUAUGUUAGUGAUUGGUGGGAAGAGUACAUCUAUCUCAGAGGACGAGGACCCAUUAUGGUGAACAGUAACUACUAUGCGAUGGACUACUUGUAUGUCAACCCUUCAAUAGUACAGGCUGCAAGGGCUGGGAACACUGUGUAUACCAUCAUGCUCUAUAGAAGAAAACUGGACAGAGAGGAAAUCAAACCAAUUUUCGCCAUGGGAAGCACAGUGCCCCUGUGUUCAGCUCAGUGGGAGAGGAUGUUUAAUACUUGCAGACUCCCAGGCCAAGAGACAGAUGUCAUUCAGCAUAUGAGAGACAGCAAACACAUUGUGGUUUACCACAAGGGACGCUACUUUAAAGUCUGGAUGUACCAUGACGGGAGGCUGCUCAAACCCCGAGACAUCGAGCUGCAGAUGCAGAGAAUACUGGAUGACAACACCGAGCCUCAGCUUGGGGAAUUGAAACUGGCAGCGCUGACUGCAGGAGACAGAGUGCCUUGGGCCAACGCACGUCAGCAGUAUUUCAGCAAAGGAAAGAACAAGCAGUCUCUAGAUGCAGUGGAAAAGGCCGCAUUCUUCAUGACCCUUGAUGACACAGAGCAAGGCUACAAUAAGGAUGACCCUGUCACUUCCCUGGAUCAGUAUGCCAAGUCGUUGCUUCAUGGGAAAUGCUAUGACAGGUGGUUUGACAAGUCCUUCACUUUCAUUGUUUAUAAGAAUGGCACAAUGGGCUUGAAUGCAGAACAUUCCUGGGCUGAUGCUCCUAUUGUGGGACAUCUAUGGGAGCAAGUUUUAUCCUAUGACAGCUUCCAGUUGAAGUAUGCAGAUGACGGCCAUUGUAAAGGAGAGCCAAACCUCAGCAUCCCUAUGCCUCAGAGACUGCAGUGGGACAUUUCUCAGGAGUGCCAAAUGGUUAUAGAGCGUUCCCUGACAGUGGCACAGGCAUUAGCAGAUGAUGUAGAUUCCCAUACCUUUUUGUUCACAAGCUUUGGAAAAGGCCUCAUCAAAAAGUGCAGAACGAGUCCUGAUGCCUUCGUCCAGUUAGCUCUUCAGCUGGCCCAUUUCAGGGACAAAAAAAAAUUCUGCCUAACUUACGAAGCCUCAAUGACACGACUCUUUAGAGAAGGAAGAACUGAAACUGUCCGCUCGUGUACGAUAGAAUCGUGUGCUUUUGUUCGUGCCAUGGAAGAGCCCAGCAAAACGAAUGACGAGAAGCUAAAUCUGUUUAAGCAGGCAUCAGAGAAGCACCAGCAACUGUACCGCCUGGCUAUGACUGGAUCUGGCAUUGAUCGUCAUCUUUUCUGCCUUUAUGUCGUGUCCAAGUACCUUGGUGUGGACUCCCCCUUCCUAAAGGAGGUGCUGUCUGAGCCAUGGAGGCUUUCUACCAGCCAGACCCCUCAUCAGCAGUUGGAAUUGUUUGAUCUUGUGAAUAACCCAGAUCAUGUGACCAGUGGUGGAGGCUUUGGGCCUGUUGCUGAUGACGGCUACGGAGUGUCAUAUAUCAUCGUUGGAGAGCGACUCAUCAAUUUUCACAUUUCCAGCAAACUGUCCAGUCCAGAAACGGAUUCUCACCGCUUUGGAAGGAACAUCAACCAGGCGAUGCUCGACAUUCUUGCACUCUUCAACUUGAAUUCUAAGGGAGCCAAAUGAGGUCCGCUGGCGAAGACAGAGAAACAGACAACCGCGAAACAGGGCAUCCAAAUGCUGCUGAAAAAUCUUCCAUAUGUUUGUACAGUUAGGUUUUUAAUUUUCCACACCGAUUGAAACGCAAUUUAAGUGAAACUAAUUUAUGUCAAGAAGUUGGACGACGUUGUUGGUGAGAGUGUAGCGAGGUGCGCAGCGUUGGGGGGGGCAGGUGCCUUAAUGUUUUAUUGUUAUCUGAGCGGAUGAAGUGGACGCGGGGCGACGCUGUAGUUCAGAGCCAACGCCACGUUAUUAUGUUCGGUUAUUAGCGCGGAAUAAUCAUGAAGUUAGAAAACGAGAAACGUGCUCGGCUGAUUUUAUUUAAACUUCAUUUUCCUUUUUUUUUCGUACUCAGGUUUUUAUCGUUUUUCCAGACGCAGCUACGGUAGUUGCAGUUUGUCAGAGCAAGUUUAAAAAGAAA